AUGGCUACCCCCGCGAUUCCGCCGGACAUUGCGAAGAUUGCUGGCCCAAUUCUUUUAGCGGAUUUCAUUCACUGGGGACUCUUCGGAAUCUUGACCGUUCAAGUUUAUCUUUACCACUUAGCUUUUCCAAGGGACUCGACGCCCUUCAAAGCCCUUGUCUACAUAAUCUAUCUAAUUGAGAUAGCGCAGACUCUCCUCCUUACCCACGAUGCAUUCUAUAUGUAUGCGCGGCAUUUUGGAGACGUGAGUGCUUUGGACUCGGUGCAGACAGGCUGGCUCGCUGUACCCGUUUUAUCAGGCAUAGUGAGCUGCGCUGUACAACUAUGCUACACAUACCGGAUCUAUGUCUUGUCAAAAUCAAAAGCGCUCACGCUCGGCAUCUCCGUGAUUGCGCUCACCCAAGCAGUUGCUGGCAUCAUUGGCGGCGCGCAGGCUCAUCUAGCUGCUAAGUAUAGCUUGGUGAAUUCAAAAGCGUUCGUCGCUAUUACUAUUUGGUUAUCUGGGAGUGCGCUGUGCGAUUUAGUCAUUGCUGCGUCGAUGACAGUACUUCUUAAACGCGGUGAUUCUGGGAUUCGCGCCACUCAUGCACUAAUAUCAAAACUUAUUCGGUUGAUCAUCGAAACUGGCUCUUUGACAGCCCUCAUGGCAAUAGCGGAAGUAGCAUGCUUCUUCGCCCUUCCUCACCUGAACUACUACGUCUGCCUCGCCAUCAUCCGGGCUAAACUGUAUUCCAACUCUCUGUUGGUGGUGUUCAACAGUCGUCUACGUAUUGGUGAUCAAACGAAUUCUAUCUUCGUAUCACACAUCGAUUCGGGUAAUGCGACCUAUCCCGAGUUUGCCGUGCACGAGACCUCGAGAGGCAUGAACUCCAUCGUCAUUGAGGACUUUCGUGGUAAAGACGAGCAUUGGACCGACAAUGUCAGAUUGUCAUCGAUGGAUAAUAAGGGUCCGUCAUCUCAACACGAACAAUGGGCUUCUAGUUCUGCGAAAAUUUGAUUCAAUGGUUUAAAGGAUCGUCAUCAUGACACGAGACAACGGCCUUUCAGUCCCACGAAAAAAAUUCUGUAUGAUUCAUUGCUUCGGUGAAUUGUUUAAAAAAAAUUCGGUUAGAUAAACUUCCUACGGGAUCGC